AUGCUGGCUGUUGUGAAUCACAGACUUGAUCAUCACAAAUCCUUGAAAGACAUGUGGACUGACUGCGUUGCUCAAGAUGAGAACUCACUGGCCAGCAGGAUUGCAGGGCGCAGGAAGAGAACCUGUUUCACUAAAGACCACUUGGAACUUCUAAAAAUGGCUUUCAGCGUGGAUCCCUACCCUGGGAUUAGUGUCAGAGAAAGUCUGUCUCAAGCCACAGGCCUACCAGAGUCCCGUAUUCAGGUAUGGUUCCAGAACAAGAGAGCCAGAACCCUAAAGAACAGAGCCACUUGGACCUCACCACAGCUGGAUAGUCCCUCUCCUCUGCCCAGCCCUUUUCUACCUCCUCACAAAACUAGUGUUGGGUUCAAUGGCCAACAAAGAGACAUUCAAGAGACAUCAUUCAACAUUCAGACAGCUCAAUCAUCUCCACAGCACUUUACCUUUCCUCCAACUGACUACAGCACACCUGCCAUUAAGCCACGACAAAACAGGCUGAUGGGAACCAGUUCUUGUUCCCCCUCUUGGUCCUCUGAUCUGCAGACUGUGGCAGACAGCUGGAGCUCUGGAGGAAGCACACAGUCCUCUCCUGAGUCUACAUGGAAUCUACCAGCACAGAGUUUUGGGAAUUCCUACAAGAAUGAGAGCCAUUUAUUCCACCACCCACCACAUCCUUAUCAUCAUGGAAGUGCCACAUUUGGGUGUGUUAGUGGCCUGGAGUCACUUCCCAACUCUCCUGCCUCUUCUGAUUCUGCAUUUUGGGACAUGGGAAUGGAAAAUUGCUCUCAAUCUGUGCCAUACACUGACUGUGACAGCCCGUGGGACAUGCUCGCUGAGGAGCAUCCUGUGGCCCCACUUCCAGAUCUGUCCUCUCAGUAUCUGGAGGAUGUCCUUGGAGAAAUGAAGCCAGCCUGGUGGAGCUUCAGUGGUGAGAUGGAUCUACAGUAAUAUUGCAAACAUCCAUAACCUAAGGAGAAAAACACUGCUUUGAUUUAAAGGAUUUCUUUUGGACUGUAUUACAAAUGAAGCUUGGUUUUGUGCAAGUUC